GGAUUUUGUGGCCAAUUAAAUUUCGGGUCAGCCGAAUAACAUGCCAUAAUCGAUAUCUCUUUUCCAACUACGGUGUCCAGGUCAUCCUUGCCGACGUUCUAUUGCAGUAUCGUGUUGUUAUUCCGAAGUGCAUUCGCUAACUCAAGGAGAAGCGGUCGCGUACGGUUGUCCGCUGUCAUUGAUCGGUUAUCUGCACUCGGCUAAAAUCCAAUCCCGCCAAAUUUGAUAUAUCCAAGGUCUAGAGGGGUUCAGCCGGUUUAUAAAUCCUACGUCUUCUUCCUUUCCCGCCCACCCUCAAAACCACUCCCGGUACUCCUCGCUCAGCAAGCUAACCAGCGACCACUGUUCAAUCGCACACAAUUCGCUAUCAUAGUCAAGUUUCGACGCGAUGUCCAAUAAUACCACGGGGGCUAGUCUGUCGAUUUCGUCUGCACGGGAGACGCUCCUUCGCCUUGCUGCUGCCGAGAUGAGGCAUGAGCUCGAUGGAAAUGAUAUGGAGCUUGUCCGUGUCCGACGGGACAAUGAAUCGCUUCAGGAGCAGAUUCGUUUGAAAUCCCUUGGAUCCACCGAUACCCAGUUUCUCCCCCUGCCUGUCCAGGAUUUUCCCAACGACAUCCUCCUCGAAAUCUUCGGCCAUGUCUGUGCGAUCCAGCCCGACAACGACAAUAACGGUAUGCCGAUGACGCUUCACUUAUCGCAAGUGUGUCAUAGGUGGCGGGAAAUCGCAUUGUCCAAUCGCACCUUAUGGAUGACGUUCACCUUGAGCCCCUCGAACAACCAGAAACAUGUUUCCCUUCUCCAACUUUACCUGACGCGGUCGCGCGGUGCUCGUUUAUUGUUCGACGUCAAGAAUCCUCCAGACGAGAAUCCGACCGAGGUUACCCUUCACCAGCAGUGUGCCGUUAUGCAGCGCUUAACUGCGGAGGCCCGUCGUUGGGGAGACGCAACCAUUGACACUUUCGAUGUGUUCUUCGCCCCAAAUACGGCAGUCCGUCUCGACGGACUCAAAAGUCUGUCACUUUUACACCGUCCUACCCUUGGAGGCCAGGAUAGGGAGUUCUUCAUCAGUGCCCCUCAGCUGCGCACACUUCACAUUCUGCUGUACUCCUUGGUAUCGUAUUCCACCUUCCGCCUUCCAUGGAAUCAGCUCGAAAACAUUGUGUUCGACGUCCAAUCGUCCAUCCCAGCUGUGCUUGAAGCGCUGUGCCUGUGUACAGCUCUUCGGUCGCUCACCAUUAGCCAUAGCCGGGUGCUAUACAGGCAUCAAGGGACCAAUGCCAGCAUCAGGCCUUUCUUCAUGUGCGAUCUGCCUAUAGAGUCUCUUAUCCUGGCCGGAGCCGACGCUUACCAACGCUUUCUCUUGCCUUUCGCAGACGCGUUCCAUUGCCCUAACCUUAUCUCCCUCACGCUAAAAGACACGUAUGCCUCCGAUAAUACUCCCCUCGUAACAUUCCUCACCGCGGUUCAACCGCCUAACCUUCUCAAACUCGACCUCGGAAAUAUCAGUUUCUCUGGUAAUGCAAUUUCCGAGGUCCUGUCUUCGGUUCCCCUCCUCCAGGAACUUUUAUGUUCUUUUCGUGAGCAGGUACCUCUUUCGUGCCUCGAAGUUUCCGAGGGACUCGUCCCGCAGCUAGCCGUCGUCAACUUCGCAUUCUGGCAUAGGCCAGAUAUGGAUGCUUUAGCAAGGGCAUUUGCAUCGCGUUUCGUAGGGGUCGGUCUCAAUUCGAUGACUGUUGCAUAUCCCGCUCAUCCUAGCGAUACGGAGCUGCAGCAUAUUACUUGGUUACGAGAGGAGGCUGGAGAGCAGUACAGUUUCAAAUGGAUUGAUGACCGUCCUCUGAGCACGCGCACUCUGAGGAAUCCUUACGUGCGCGCGCGACCUCCUCCAUGGUUGGGAUUUUCCUUAUUGAAGCGAGGAUGGACGGCGCAAUCUUAAAUAUUUUUAGUACUGAGGAAACUUGGAUCCAGACCUUACUGGGAUGGACUUCUUUAGAGUUACUUGAGUCUCUUUGAAUGAUAUGUUGGGAUUGCAUGUAACGGAUAUGGAUAUAUGUGCGCAAAUUACGACGGAUACGCGAG